AUGGACAACAGUGUUUUUACUAUAGCGUCGACAGCAACAGGCGUUCAUCCUGAGGGGAAAGCAAAGCGUUGGUCAUCUAGCAAUAAAAAACACAUCGUUGUGCCACAGCCAAACUGUGUCAAUUGGUACAAUAUGAAUAUGGGUGGGGUGGAUAGGCUAGAUGAAAAUGUAUCUACCUACCGUAUUCAUAUUCGCAACAAAAAGUGGUAUUGGCCAAUGGUUGCAUACAUGCUGAAUGUGAGUAUGAAUAAUGCUUGGAUUUUAUACAGAAUGACGCCAAAAGGAGCUGAAGAACAAUUAGAUCUUCUUGGAUUCACCCGCUACAUUGUCCGUACGUACAUGCGAACAUGCACAAGCCAUCGAUCCUCUGCAGGACGGCCAAGCCAGACAGUAUCCAGUAGGGUGUUGCCUGAAAUCCGAUUCAGUGGAAAAGAUCAUCAUUUAGAAACAGUUCAAAAGCAAAUUCGCUGCGCACUGUGUUCCAACGCAACAAGGAAACGGUGCAAGACUUGUCAAGUUGGAUGCCAUGUGCUUUGUGCGGAGGCUUUCCAUACUUCCUGA